AUGAAGGUAACUAUCCAGCAUCUAAUAAACCGAUAUCAUAGUAAAGAUGAACUGAUAAAUAGUGGGAUAUGGGAUGGAACUUUGUAUAACCCCGGUGAGGAGCGGUUUUUUGAUCGAAGUUGGUGCUGGAGGACGUUACUACUUUCUGGUCACAACGAUAAUAAUUGGAGCGAUUCUCCUUCCCCGCCAGCUUUUGGUGAACAUAGCAUUGUGUUCCGUGCUUUGACUGAUUGUAUACCCUCUAGCGAAGUGGUUGAAAUUGAUGAUAGGCUAAAAGAUCACCAACAGCUGGAUGAGCAACUGCAAAGCAUCAAACUUGACGUAUGUCGCCUGAAACUUGAUAAAAUAUUUACUGAGGCUAAGGUUCAACAAGAUCUUGCUAAUAUACUUAUAAAAAGUGUAAAGGAAACUGGCAGGCCUUAUAAACAGGGUUACCAUGAACUUUGCGCUGUGUUCUACAUGCAACUUCGCCGCGAUGAUUAUAAUGAUGACAUUUGCGAAUCAGUAUCACAGAUGUUCAACAUUUUGUUGAAGCAUAUAAAGGAGUUUUACAUCGAAUCAAAUCUCAUAAAUUGGACUCGAACUACGUUUGAGCCUCUUUUAGAGCAUGCAUUUCCGCAGUUACACAAGUUGUUGCUGCACCGCCAUUGUAUUGACAACUCAAUUUGGCUUAUACGAUGGUCUCGACUACUUUUUCUUAGAGAGUUUGAACUGUCAUAUACUCUGCAACUAUGGGAUCAUCUAUUUUCAUUUCGUUACCCUUUGCCAGAUUUGGUUGCAGCUGUUGCUGUAACUUGUCAAGGCUUAGUUGAACAGGACUUAAAUAAGUGCGAAGAUGUGGGCGACAUUUUAGGCAUCUUAUUGCGGUAUCCCACAAAUAGGCUGUUAUCACCAAGACACUUGAUGCAGUCAGCGGGUUCCCUGCUCGAUAGCUAUAGUAGAAAUUGUAAUAACAAAGAAAGGCCUUUGGGAUUUAUAAAAAAUUAA